AUGGGAGUGUCAGAAGCAGUUGCAGAUAAGAAACAUAAAACUUCGAAAUAUCCAUUGAAGGUAAGGGAUGAAGAGAAUAUAAUUAACGCAUUUGAUCCUGCCGGGGUGUCGUCGGUGGAGUUUGACAUGGCCUGUAUCGCCUCGUCUGACGAAGUACUGGCCCAUGUGUGUCAGGCCAUACACACUGACUUCACACCCACAUGGGAGCUGGUGAUAGUAACUAGUGGAGGUAAUGUUAUCCAAGAACAGAAAGCACACCAUGCAUGUGUGUAUAGUACGCUUGUGCAUGAUCGGAGAGCGAAAGCCACGGUGCUAUUGGGCGAUUCAAAAGAAGAGCACGAAUUGCGGAGUAGAAAGUUCACACUGGAUAUAGACCUGACCACAUUCUCGAAGAUGAUCAUAGCCGUGGCAAAGAAAAUGUACGGGGAUAGCGAGGGUGAUGAGUUCAAGCUGUGCUUCAUGACCGAAGGCGGUAAUACCAAAGUUCUAUUUCGCACCUCGAUUAAGAGGAGCGCUACAUGCCAACCUGGGGUGGUGCGAGCCAAAGAGCACGGCGCUUUAUCUGACGGUCAUGGCGUGUUUGUAUUAAGACAAAGAAGUAUAAUGCGUGCCGUUCAGGGGAAAGACACCAAAAAAGGACACUGGCGAAGUAAACUGAAGAACCAGAAGAAAAGCCUUCCCGAUUUCAAGGGCACGCUUCUCAGACAGCCGAAGAAGAAAGGCAAAGCCGCGGAAUCGCACGUGCAAGUUCAGACCGAAACAUCUUUACAAUUAGACAGCACUUCACAAGACAAGACUUAUGACGACAACAUCACUCUCAACAAGGCCUACAACAGUAACGCACAAGAGAAGCAACCGACCAACGAACAAGGCUAUAAGGACAACGCCAUCAGGAAGCACCACAGUACUACGAGGCAAACCAUCAAUAGCGCUGCAACUCCCAAAGCAAUGACGGGAUGA